ACCCGCCUUGGAAAGAUAGCACGAGCUCCAGACGGAUGGAGGCUGUGGACCGUGGAUCAGGUUCCCUUGGGACGUAAAGUAGGAGUUGUGGCCCCGCUGGUAACAGUGGUCCAACCCAGAGAGUAGACAGCCAAGAUGCGACAACGAGCCACGCAGGCCCGCGCGCUCUUCCGCAUAUCUGGAGUCGCGAGCGCAAGUGCGAGCACCAGUGCAAACAUCGCAUCAUCAUCCUCAGCGGCAUCGGUAGCCGCUGGAAUACACACGCAGACUGCGAGGAGACGUAAUGCGCAUCUGCUGCAGCACCAAAAGCAACAGCAGCAUGCCUUAUCGCCAGAUGUGGCUGCAACCUCUUCGGCUGGCCUUGCCGCGAAUGUGCCAGCUUCUAUGCGUGGGACCGCGUCGAUAUCGCGUGCAAGGGCCGGCCUGGCACUCCAGCAGCGCAAAACCCAUCAGCAGCAGCAGGUACAGAACAAGGAGCGGAAGGAGCAAGAAGGCACAGCCAAGGAAGGAACUUCGGCGGAGCAACCGCACAGCCACGAUGUUGUUCAGCACGUGGCCCCUGCUCCCUCUUCGUCUGAUUCACAAGGUGUUGCCAGGAAGACGCAAGGUCGCACACUCUCACGAUCACCCAGUAGUAAGCGAGCCCGAGGCUCCCACUCCCCUUCUCACUUCUUCGACGCAAAUCCCGCUGUCGGGGGUCUACGAAUCCAGCUGCUGAGUCCACCUUCAGCGAGUAUCAACUCAACAGCACGGCGUCCCACCGUCUCGCCUUCGGCAAAGACGGCUGCUCUCUUCGGCGUCAAGCCAGUCCGCGCCCCACCGGCCUCGCUCGGUUCGGUGGCAUGGGAUAGUUUCUUUGCGCAAGACCGGCCCCUGCUCACGCACGGCCUUCUUCAGCCUGCGUCUGUUUUGACAGGCCCAGAAGCACCAGGCAUGGAAAAUGCGCUGAUGUACUCUGGCGGAACUGCCAAUACCAGUGUCGCUAGGCAGCUUGAGGAAAUUUUGGAGGCUACGCAGCAAAACGAUGCAAACCCUGCUACCAACAACAUCGAUCAGCUUCCCUCCGCGGAUGAUGAAGUGCAACUCUCCGUGCCUGGCGGAGCCAUGUUCGUCCUCAAACCUAGAUCUGGAGCCUUUCUUCGCCACCCAGAUGGACAAAGCCAGUCAGCGAGCGAGGAGAUGAUCAUUGGUGCAAAUGAGCUGCAGGAGAUACAGGAGCAAAUCCAACAACUGCUCCCCUCCGCUGGCUCCUCGUCACCGCUGGCCGUAGGCGACGAAGCUAGCAUGGAUGGUUCGCCGCAUGCGAUCGCGGUUGUGCAAGUCGAUGUUGAUGUUGAGUCUUUCGGUGCCAAAGCUGAUGCAGAAGGCGAGCAAGGUCCAGCGCGGGCCGAGACGAGCGCGGCAAUUGCGCAGGCUAUCGAGGAGAUCAUGCAGGAUGUCCGCAAGUACAUUGGACAGGACUCCGUAGCAGGUGCCAAUGCCGGUCCGAGGUGGAAGCACAGGAUCGAAGAUGUCAGCACGGAGCGCUUCAACGAGCUUAUCGACCGCCUGUCGGCCGUGCGUCUCUCCCCCGUGGCCGCACCCCUAGAUGUCGUCGCUGCCGAGUACCGCCGCCUGACCAGCGAGGCGGCGCUUGUGCACGAGAAGCAAGAAGCCGUCGCUGCCGCUCUCGAGCGCGGCGAGGAUCCGGCACUCGCACAGAAACUCGGCGCAGAAGCAGAGCUGCUCGUACUCGGAGAGCGUGCUGUUGGUACGAGCAGUGCGCAAAAGACAGCGGGCAACGGACAAGGACAAGAGAUGGGCGGUCGCAGCAAGAGGAUGUUCUACCUCGGCGCUGCGCUCGGCGGCCCCGGUAGUGGCUUUGGUAGCAUCGGCAGGCCGGAUAGCCGUUGGGCGCGGGGAACGGCGAGCUGGCUUGUCCUCAAAGGCAGGCCGUUCGAGGUGCCUCCUGCGCCAGCGGCGCCAGUUUCAUCGGAGCUCCUGUCGCCUGUCAAGCAAGAGGAUGUCGCCAGUGGCGAGGAAGAGAGCAAGCCUUCAAUCGAAUUGACGGCCUCGGACCUGCAGUACGUCUCGGACGUCAUCAGCUCGCGCACCCGGAGAUCGCAACAGCAGCACCAUUUUGACCCGAACGAUGCAAACCUUGUCCUCUCGCGCGCCAUGGUGCAGAACAGCUUGCCCGCUGCGCUACAGUGGGACAGCGUCACGCGCAAGAUGGAUGCUGUUGUGGAAGGCAGCAACAGCAGGGAGGCUGGCCCAGCGGCAAGGCCAGAUGAGAAAGGUGUGAUCGAUGUCUCGCUGCUCAAUGCUUCCUUGGACGAGGGAUCGCGCCAUGUGGACUUGGACAGCGUGAAGCGGAAGCGCAGGAAGAAGAUGAGGAAGCACAAGUACAAGAAGUUGCGCAAAGAGCAGCGCUCUCAGCGACAGAGGCUUAAGAAGUAAGCAGCUCCAGUCGUCGACCAUUGGCUCGUCUGCAUCUUUUGUCUUGCGUGUGCACUAGCAGUCGCAAUCCACCCUGCGUGAAUAUUCAAAUCAGCACCAUCUACAUAUUGCAAAAACAUGAGCGACUGGUACAUUGAUG